AUGGCUUCGAUUUGCCUGGAAACCCCUGAAGAAGCAGAGAAGCCCAUUCCAUCAUCAACCCCUCAAUCUCCAUCAGUGACGUCGUCUCCGAUGCCUCCAGAAUCGGUGACGUCUUCUGGAGCGCCAGCACGACCACAGUCAGCUCUGAAUCAUCCGCAGAAUCAGAAUCGGAUUCAGAAUAUGUACAACGACUCGAAAUUCUCAUUUCUGAACACGUUGCCCAUGGAAAAAGUCGAUCGAUGGUUGCAGUGUGCUGAAUUCGUUUUCUAG